GUCACCGUUUAAGCCACCCGAGCACAUCGAUUCAUUUCAAUUUAAUGCGGGUUGAGGGAAUUGAACGCGUUGUCAGUCAGAACGAUGCUGGUUAGCCGAGUCGGUGCUAGCAUACGCAGAUAUCUGCUGGAUCCCCAUGGUGUCAGCGCAGCCAUCGUACCUGAUUGUUCCCCAAAGGGCCAAAUCGAGCGACUUCGGACCAGCAGUUUUCAUACUGCGACGCAACUCUGUGGCAAGAAUCUCUUGAGGAAAUUUGCUGCGAAAGCCAGAAAAAAGCUUUGGUAUGAAAGUCCGACAGUUGGAUCGAAACUGAUGCACAAGCCGUCCAGCCUUGAAAAAGUCAUGAAGUGGGGGGUAUCAUCCCCGCAGAAAAGCAGCAGGGAAGAAAGCCUUCAGAUGAGGACUCUGAACACAAUUCUGUAUCGAGCCAUCUGGGACCUGCUGAAUUCGCACGACGUCAGUCCACAGAUCUGCGACCUGGGCAUUGAGAUCUCAAAGGUGUCACUAACGUCGGAUUUCUCAUGUUGUCGUGUCUACUGGAAAAUAAGUGGCCUAGAGAAUAAGGAUCAGGAAAUUGAAGAUGCAUUGAAAAAAUCUGCCCCGCGUAUAAGGCACCUUCUUCUAACUCGUCAAGUCCUGAGGGAAGUCCCACCGAUAGUUUUUAUUAAAGAUAAAGAAUAUGCUGCCAUGCUAGAGGUGGAAAAGCUCUUGGAGAAUGCGGACUUCGGCCCAAAGGAUGACACGGAUGACUGUGAACAAAUUGUGAAUAGUGAGAGGGAAUCUCCACCUCGGCCAGAGCAACCUAAAAAGAAUAAGCCUUCGAAAUCUUUUAACGUGUUUGACACUGACCAUGAGACUUUGAAAAGACAGGUUUUAGACUACAAAAAAUGGAGCAAAGGAAAAAGUCCAGAGCUUAAUGGGCUGACGUUAAUUGAGCAGCAAAAUAAUUUGCUGGCAGAUCUGCGGAAACAGAAGAGGGACAAAAAAAAGAAGUCCAAGUCGGGCUACAAGGAUGAUAAUGACAUCUCCCCUCAGGAGUACUUGUUCCAAAAAAGCAGCAAAGAAUUUCUCCAUGAAGGGAAUGUCCACGUGCCUGACCAAACCGACGAACUGGAAAUCCACAACAUGCUGGAGGAAGAGCAAAAGAACAAAUAGCUGCUCACUUUAAGCUCUGUAAUAUUCUUAGACCAAGAUUUAACUGAUGUGACACUUAGAGAUUUCUAUAUCAUGAUGUUUAAUGGCUUCGCAGUGAGGUUUUCUAUUAAAAGUUGAUUUUUCAUAUUUUUUA